GGGACACGAACUGUGCCUCUUCUUGGCGUUUCCUUGUUUGCGCUCCUCAUAAAGCCAGCAGCGAUCUGAGCUGCAUUAGCGACACCACCUCCGAUCCACCAACUACCAACAACUACGAACGCCGGAAGCGCUGCGCGAUAUGGAACGUUUCGAGGAGGUGCUCUUGCACGCCACGGAGAGAGGCUCCAACAAAGUGCCUGGGGCAGCAGUGGCCGUGGUGGACAAGACUGGCAACAUCGUCUACAAAUAUGUCGCUGGAUUUAACGGCGCAACGGAGAACGCGCCUGACCUCAGCCCUGACCAAGUAUACUGGAUAGCAUCUUGCACAAAGCUCGUGGCCUCCAUUGCGGCGCUGCAAUGCGUGGAACGCGGCCUUAUCACACUCGACGAAAGUCUUAGUGAACACCUGCCAGAACUCACGUCGCAGCCAAUUAUUGCGACGAGUGGAGAAAAAGAGUUCUUUGAGAUGCGCGAAGCCACCAAUCCUAUCACACUUCGACAGCUUUUAACGCACUCAAGCGGCAUAGUCUACGAUUGGCUCAACCCCACGCUGUCAAUGUGGCGUAGCUCACGUGGAGAAAUUGCGCAACUCCCAUUCACUGGCCGCACCAACGAGAUCUCAUAUCCUCGAAUUGCUGAGGCUGGAGAGGCGUGGAAUUAUGGCACCAAUCUCGACUGGGCGAGCUUGCUUGUCGAACGGCUGACCAAGAUACCCUUUGAAGAUCACGUCACGCAAAACAUUGCUGAGCCGCUGGGAAUCAAGUCUUGGACCUGGCACCUCUCUCGCAAACCCGAGGUAGCGCAGGAGCUGAUGCAGAUGAGCGAGCGCCAGGCGGAUGGCACACUCGCACCCAGCAAGACGCCUAUAUGGGAAGAGCCCGAAGCCGAGCGUGGCGGCGCUGGGAUGUACUCCACCAUCGAUGACUAUAUGCGCAUGCUAACGAUGGACUUGAUGUUCACACCACAGUUUGAGGAAGGCAGCAAACUGCAGAGGUCAAUGUGGGACAUCGCGUGCGCACCGGUUGUAGGCCUCAGUAUGGAAGGGGUAUCUCCCAACCAAGGGCUCGGUGGGUUCUUGACCACCCAUGACAUCGACCGAAGUGAUUUCUCCAAACCUAAAGGCACGCUGGGGUGGCACGGGAUGGCGAAUCUCGCCUGGAACUCGAAUCGCGAGAAGGGUCUGGCAUACUUCUUUGCGACGCAGGUCAUUCCCUGGGGUGAUGGGGAGAGCCAAGCAUUGAUCAAGGAGUUCGAGGCCGCAGUGUGGAAGGCGUACAAGCAGACUUAAAGUGUAGUAUCUAUACAUGAGUACAGAUAUAGUGUUCUAGCCAAGGGCAGGCAUUGCGCAGGGCAACAAUACUCAAAAUCUCGUCUCUGUGGACCUCCUGUUAUGUUUGUUCCUGUGGAUCC